AUGAAAGUAGCUUACAUGUAUGAUGACACUGUGGGACUCCAUAGCUACGGAAAAGGACACCCAAUGAAUCCAAUAAGAAUAUCUAUGACACAUUCACUAGUCAAAUCAUUCAAAAUAGACAGAGAAAUGGACUUGUACAUUCCAAGUCGUGUAAAACUCACUUAUCACAACAAGGAGUAUUUGAAUAGCAUUGGAACAAGAGACGCAACUGACGACUGUCCCACAUUCGAAGGAAUCAACGACUACGUGGAACGAUACUGCAGUGCAACACUAAAUGGAGCAAUGCUAAUAAAUAGCGGACUGUACAAGCACGUUGUGAAUUGGAGUGGUGGAUUGCAUCAUGCGCAUAAAAAUGAGCCAAGUGGAUUCUGUUUUGGAAAUGACAUUGUGAUGGCCAUUCAAGAGCUGCUCUGUAAGCAUGAGCGUGUUAUGUACAUUGAUAUCGACGUACACCAUGGAGAUGGAGUCGAAGAGGCAUUCUACGACAACGAUCGUGUUCUAACACUUUCCUUGCAUAAACAUGGAGAGAACUUCUUUCCAAACACAGGCGAUCUUGUUACAUCCACAAAGCGUGCUGUGAAUGUGCCAUUGCAAACAGGAAUAACAGAUGAGACGUACAAAUACAUCUUUGAGCCAAUUGUAGAAAAUAGCAUUAGGAAAUUCAAGCCUGACGUAAUCGUAUUCCAGUCUGGUACGGAUUCACUGGCAGAAGACAAACUUGGUACGUUUGCUCUAAGCAUUCAAGGACACUCUGAAUGCAUUAGAUUUGUAAAGAAGUUCGAUAUUCCAAUUCUACUGCUUGGAGGCGGAGGAUACACGAUUCAGAACGUAGCACGAUGCUGGGCGUAUGAAACAGCCGUAUUCUGUGGGAAGGAAGUGGACAACUUUGUUCCAGAAGAAGACACAUUCAGAGAGCACUAUGCACCUGACUUCCAGUUGGUGCCUGAACUGGUUUCAAGGCACAGAAUCAACUUCAAUGGCAAAAGAUACUUGGACAACAUAAUGAGUUUCAUACAGGAGAGAAUUGAUAAAUUCUAA